AUGUCGCUGGAUAUCUCAGCAGGACAAGAUUCCCACACUCAGCCAGCACCUUUGUCGACUCCUAUACCAGACCCCGAACCCGAUGAUAAUCCUCGGAGCCCGAAAAGACGACGCAUAACUCCAUCCAAUGCUGAAGAGGAGGCAGUCAGAAAUGUGAUCGGGCCGGCCGUGUCCCAAGGUCUGGCCGAAUUGCAAAGGGAAGGGGAUGAAAAGCCCCAACGCACCCAGGCUGAUUCGCUGCCCUCAGGAAUUGCUGGAAAUCGAAGGGACCAUGUUGCAACAAAUGCUCUACGGUCGCAGUCUCCGGCCGAGAAAUCUCGUCUGGAGCAUUUGACUGCGUUGGAUGGCCAGGCGUCUCAGAUAUUGAGCUUUCUUGCAAGGCUAACGCCCAGCGAAGCCCUAGGGUUGUCCAAUACCCCCAACUCGCCGAGCACUCGAGAAUAUGCAGCAAUGCGAUCGACGUUCGACCAGACAAGGAGGAUGUUCAACACAGGAAAGCCGUUUCUGUCGUCCAGUGACCUGGGGCUACGUGAUCUAGGCCAAAUCGAGAUCCUUCGCAAGGCCAACCAAGCCAUAUUCAUGUCCAGCGUCUUUACGGGCGAGAUCGGGCUUCGCGACAUGGAUCGAAUGUUCCUCUCGGUCUUUGUCCCCGACAACGGCAAACUGCUGAAGGCGCAGGCUUCCAUCUAUCUCGAGCUGAAGACCCAAGGCUUCAUUACCGCCUGGCGAACGGGCGCCGCUCCGCCUGCUGUUGUGAUGGCUGAUCUCUUCGGGCCUGAUCUGGACAAGGCUAUUUUGGCAAGGAGACCUGGUACCACCGCCUUGGCUCCAAGCGAGCAGGAUUUCCUCAACAGACUCUCAUCUCGGCGGGAUAUCCUCCUAAAUCACGUCAAGAACAACACUCUUGACCAGCUGCCUUUCAAAUACAGAUGGGAGGACUUCAGCCGUGAAGUCUCUUCAUAUCUCUCCAAGAACAUUGAAAGCGCGGCACAUGCUGGCAAUGGCGUGGCGGAAGCCCACCGAAAUAAUCCUACAAGAGCUUUACAACGAGGUCAAAUGGAAGGGCAAUUUUCAAUUCACACACCACCAUUACCAGUCGCUUCGAAUGAGGCAAUUCUGCCCGUAGCGCCUCAACCCAAGCCUUCGACGGAUUCACUUCUGUCGGAUGACUUCGUUGCUCAGGCUGCAAGAGCUGCGGAGAUUGCUAUGCAAGACGCAGGUGGAUUUGGCCUCCCAGAGACGUUCAACAGCAUGUCUUCUCCCACUAAUCCUGCUGUCCCACUCGAUACGCCCACUUCCCAGCCAGGGCUCCCAGACUAUCAGCCCUUCGAGCCAAUAAUUGAGAACGUCAAUGUUAAGCCCGAUAGUACAACGGCCGUGUCUGGGGCACUUGGAGAGAUACCCCACGCUUCUCAAACGGCGCCAACAUCGGUCCUGUACGAACGUGCAAGGCUAGCUGCUACGACAAAGGCUGCACUCGUCGCUAGGAAGGGAGUUACGCCUAGUCAGAGACGUCCAUGGACCACGGAAGAGGAGAAUGCUCUCAUGACCGGCCUCGAUCGCGUGAAAGGGCCCCAUUGGAGUCAGAUCUUGGCCAUGUAUGGCCCGGGAGGCACAGUCAGUGAAGCUCUCAAGGACCGCAACCAAGUUCAGCUGAAAGAUAAAGCUCGGAAUCUGAAGCUGUUCUUUUUGAAAAGUGGCAUCGAGGUGCCCUACUACCUGAAAUAUGUGACUGGAGAUCUCAAGACUCGUGCUCCAGGACAGGCGUCCAAACAAGAAGCCCGGGAGCGCGACAGGCUCCUCUCAGAAGGAGAUGCAGCUUCCUUUGACGCGCUGCAGGAGGCAAUGGCUUUGGGCGGAGCGGACCAGCAGAUUUCGGGCGCGGCCGGAUCGAGCGCAUCCCAGUCUAAUCUGGAAUCAGACGGUGGCGAAGAGUUCGGUCAAGGCAGUCCCCAGAACGAGGGCGAAGGUUCGUUCAACACAAGUAUGGACGACGUCGAAGCGAUGAUAGCGAGAGCAGCCGCUCAAGCAUCUCAAUCAUUGGGUCCAGACUGGCCAUGA